GCUCGCACCAAUGCCCCCGGCUCGUCGGCAGCUGCUUCACCCGCAGAUCUCGCAGCAGGCGAGCGGCUCGGUCCCCUCCCGCGGCCCCAUGGCAGCCCCCGGCUCCCCCGCGGAAUGCGGCUACAUCCGGACGGUCCUGGGCCAGCAGAUCCUGGGGCAGCUGGACAGCUCCAGCCUGGCUCUGCCCUCCGAGGCCAAGCUGAAGCUGGCGGGGAGCAGCGGCCGCGGCGGCCAGGCGGCCAAGAGCCUGCGGAUCCAGGAGCAGGUGCAGCAGACCCUGGCCCGGAAGGGCCGCAGCUUCGUGGGCAACGGAAAUCUUCACCGAGCCAGCAGUGUUCCUGAGUAUGUCUACAACCUGCACUUGGUGGAAAAUGACUUCGCUGGCGGGCCUUCCCCGGCUCCUAAAACCUAUGACAGGCGAAAGCCAGGCAUAACCACGGCGUAUGAAGGUCGCUGGGGGAGAGGCACCGCGCAGUACAGCUCACAGAAGUCCGUGGAAGACCGGUCCCUGCGGCAGCCUCUGCGGAGACUGGAGAUCUCCCCGGACAGCAGCCCCGAGCGGGUCCGUUACUCGCACAGCGAGUACCAGUACAGCCAGCGGAGCCAGGCGGCGCACACGCUGCGGCACCGCGACAGCCUGCGGUCCACCCUCCUGCUGCCGCCCCGGUACGCGCGCUCCGAAAUCCUGGGCUUCACGUCGGGGGCCGCGAGCCGGCAGCGCUGCUAUGACACUUACCACAGGCAGGUCCAGUACGGCUCGGUGAACGACUCCGUGUUUGACGGCGCCCCGCCCAACCCCGUGGUGCGGGCGUACCCGCGGCCCGGGACCAGCCACAGCAUGAGCAACCUCCUGGAGAAAGAGAACUACCUGAUGGCCGCGCAGGUCAGGCCGCUGCUGCCCCUGCAGCCCGCCGCGCACAACAGGGCCGCCCGCGCCUCCUGGCAUCAGAGUUCCUUCCACAGCACGCGCACGGCGAGGGACGCGGGGCCCAGUGUCGCCGUGGAUGCGGGCGGGAGGAGGACGCACCUGACCGCGGGCCAGGUGGCUGCCGGAAGCGGGACCGUGCUGGCGGAGAGAACCGCUUUCACCGACGCCCAGCUCAGGAAUGCAGACCUGGAGAUGACCCUGGAGCGGGCCGUGAGUAUGCUCGAUGCAGACCACACACCACCCGCCAGGAUUUCCGUGGCAGCCACCUUCAUACAGCAUGAGUGCUUCCAGAAAUCCGAAGCACGGAAAAGGGUCUAUCAGCUUCAAGGCAUCCCCAAGCUUCUGCACCUCCUAAAAGUUCAGAAUGAAGAUAUUCAGAGAGCCGUGUGUGGGGCCUUGAGAAACUUGGUGUUUGAAGACAAUGACAACAAGUUGGAGGUAGCUGAACUCAACGGGGUACCUCGGCUGCUGCAGGUGCUGAAGCAAACCAGAGACUUGGAGACUAAAAAACAAAUAACAGGUUUGCUGUGGAAUUUGUCCUCUAGUGACAAACUCAAGAAUCUCAUGAUAACAGAAGCCUUGAUUAUCCUGACUGAGAAUAUCAUCAUCCCCUAUUCGGGGUGGCCAGAAGGAGACUACCCCAAAGCGAAUGGUUUGCUUGAUUUUGAUAUAUUCUACAAUGUCACAGGAUGCCUAAGAAACAUGAGUUCAGCUGGCCCUGAUGGGAGGAAAGUGAUGAGACGGUGUGAUGGACUGAUUGAUUCGCUGGUCCAUUAUGUCAGAGGAACCAUUGCAGAUUACCAGCCAGACGACAAGGCCACAGAGAACUGUGUGUGCAUUCUUCAUAACCUCUCCUACCAGCUGGAGGCAGAGCUCCCAGAGAAAUAUUCCCAAAGUAACUAUAUUCAAAACCGGAAUAUCCAGAUGGACAACAAUAAAAGUAUUGGGUGUUUUGGCAAUCGAAGCAGGAAAGUAAAAGAGCAAUACCAGGACAUGCCGAUGCUCGAAGAAAAGAGCAACCCCAAGGGUGUGGAGUGGCUGUGGCACUCCAUCGUGACCCGGAUGUAUUUGUCCUUGAUCGCCAAAAGUGGCCGAAGCUACACCCAGGAAGCAUCUUUGGGAGCUCUCCAGAAUCUCACGGCAGGAAGUGGCCCAAUGCCGAUGUCAGUAGCGCAGACCGUGGUCCAGAAGGAAAACGGCCUGCAGCACACCCGGAAGAUGCUGCACGUUGGUGACCCAAGUGUGAAGAAGACCGCAGUCUCCCUGCUGAGGAAUCUGUCUCGGAACCUUUCCCUGUGCAAUGAAAUUGCCAAAGAAACUCUACCUGAUUUGGUUUCCAUAAUUCCUGACACAGUUCCAAGUACUGAGCUUCUCAUUGAAACUACAGCCUCUGCCUGUUACACAUUGAACAACUUAAUCCAGAACAGUUACCAGAAUGCCCGGGACCUUCUAAACACUGGGGGCCUGCAGAAAAUUAUGACUAUCAGCGCAGGCGAUACCUAUGCCUCCAACAAGGCAAGCAAAGCCGCUUCUGUUCUCUUAUAUGCCCUGUGGACACACACGGAGCUCCACAAUGCCUACAAGAAGGCUCAGUUUAAGAAGACAGAUUUUGUCAACAGCCGGACUACCAAAGCCUACCACUCCCUUAAAGACUGAGGAAAGUGAAAAAGUGCUCUCAGAAAUACCAACCUCACCAUUCUCGGCCACACAAAAAAAACCCAAAGGAAAACACCUAUUUUUCUACUUUCCAGUCCAAGAAACCUCAGAAAUAAAGCAUGCCUUGUUUUUAUCCUUUUCUAUUUCCAUGGUCCCCUGAAUCCAGAAGACAAAUAAUCAGAAUAUGAUUUUAUUAGUCUUCCAGAAGAUUUUCACAAGUUUGCCACCAGAAGACACUGGCAGCAGGCUCUAAUUACCCUCCACAGAUAGUGGUCUUUGGGAUUAGGGCUUAUGGCUCAUGCCCUCCUGGAACCGAAAUGUGAAUUUAUGUGGAAUGGACGUUGACAGAAUAAAUAAGAAGCUGUUGUAGUAUUACUAGGAUUUUAAAAGUUUUAUCUACAUUUCCAAGUUUUGUCACUUAUAUGCACAUUGCUUCACCAGAGAGCCAUGCAUAUAUUGUCUGCAGUGUUGAAACAGAAUGGAAAGGACAAAUAUUUGCUAAGUUAUCCAGGAGAAAAUUUAAUGGCAAAACUGUUUUUUGUUUGUUUUGUUAUGACUUUGUGCUUGUUCUUAUCCUCUUGAAUUUUUUCUCUGACUUUAAAUGAACUUAAGAAGUUUAAAUCAUGGAGCAUGCAUGUCUAUAAGAAAAAAGAAUUGAAAGGUAGUGAUCAAGCAGAUUUAAAAUCUUUUCUACAGAAAAAGGAACUUUGGCUAUGAAAUUCAGUGUUUCCUCUAACCACUGAGUAAAUGAGAUUUUUGCUUAAGGAAAUACUUUACCUAUAACAACAGCAUUAAAUGCAAAUCUCUUCUGAACAGUAACACUCAAUGUAAUCUAUUUCCUGGACUUAGCCUCUGCAGUGGGCUGGUGGAAGAAUGGACUCUAUAUUUAGCUACAAAAGGAACCAAGGUCUCUCAAACUGCAGGGCCAACCCAGGGCUCUGAAAACACAGUUCAUUUAAAUGAGUUAAGUUGUUAUCAACCAGCCCAAGUUUGCCCAACAUUUAAAAAAGAGCACAGAGCCACUAAGUCUCAUAAUCUUCCUCAAGCCAUUAUUUUAAGUAAAGGAAACUCUAGAGAAGAAAAAUAAAGAUGUUAUAUUGAGGAUAAAGGGGUCCAGGCCACCCAGAAGGGAUAUGAGAAGUACUCAUAUGUAAAAGUUGACAACAUCGUCUAUUAGGGCGAAUCUGUAUUAAGUGUUAUUUUAACUGGACUCUGGUUUAUGCCAUUCAUAAAUAAGUAAUCUUCUCAACUACAAUUCUGUUUUGUUAUGUUUUUUAAAAGAAACCUUACAAUGUUUGUUAUAAGAAAUAAGAAGUAAAAAAUUCAUCUCCUUUUGUCCAGAAAAGCGUAAUAGAAAAUAAAUCCCCAUUUUCUAUUUGAA